AUGGCGUCCGAGAAAACAGAUGUUACACUCACGUCAGACUCAAUAGGCGGUGAAGUCACCAAUCUGAACGAACUGACUUCCUUGAUCCAAGGAGUAUUACAGCAGACUCAGGACAGAUUCCAGCACAUGUCUGAUCAAAUAAUUCGCCGUAUCGAUGACAUGACAAAGCGCAUCGAUGAUCUCGAGAAGAACAUCUCUGAUGUCAUGUCUCAGAAUCAGAUAGAACAGCAACAACCUUAA